AUGUAUUGCUUUUUUAAAACAACCACAACAACUAAAAGAAGUUUAUUUGAACUUAAAUCUGUCAAUUUAUAGUUGUAUCCAAAUGAACUCUAAGUCUUAUAAGAUGCAGAUGACUUAAGAAACAAAAUUAUUUAGGGGAAUUUUUAAGUCAUUCCACAAUAUUUACAACUAUUCCUUAAUAACUUAGUAUUAAUCCAUAUAUAAUUAGAAACCUAUUCUAAACAAAUAGCCACUCUUCCAUCCCUCAUUCACCUAUGAACCUAUGGUAAGUAAUUGUUAAUUAAAAUCACCAUAAGGUAUAUAUUAAAUUCUAUAUUUUAGAUUGUUAAGAAGCAUUUGAAACAGAUUAUGUUAUGUUAAUUUAUUCAUAUUGUUGUGGCUAAUUGUUUGAUAGUUUACAAUAAAUCAAAAAUAUUAGAUAAGCAAUAAUUGAAAAUAAAUUACCUAAUACUAAUGAUAUAGAUAUUGUUUUACAAAAGAUGAAAACAUCUUAUGCUUUUAUAAAACACAUAAAAAAUGAUUCCUAACAAUUGUUGCCAAAAUUAUCUUAAAAAAAAAACUUUGAUGUUGAAGAAUUUAGUUCUUAAUUUUUCAUUAGAUAUAGUAUAUAUUUUAUUAUUAUGACAAAUUUAAUUCAUUAUGAAAAGUUUUAAUAAAUGAAUUAAGAAUAAGAAUUAAUCAAUAGACAAAACUUAUGUAGUACUAUGUAUAAAUUAUUGAUAUCAAUUGGGAAUUUGGGAACAGAUAGAUUAGGGAUAUAUUUAACCUAUUUAUCAAUUUAUUUGAAAUGUUUAGGAUAUAAAAGUAUUAUGGAUAGAUAUUUGUAUUGCAUUUAAAAAGAGUAUUAUAAAGAGAAAUGUAAUGAUAUAUUUAUUAAAUUUAAGCAUUUACUGUUAUGAUUUUAGAACUUAUUUAAUUAGGUUAAGAAUUAAAAUAGAUUUGUACGAUAAUAAUAAAUAAAUAAUUGAAUGAAGAUUAUUUAGAUAUAUUCAAAAUAUAAGCAUAAAGAUGGAUUGCCUUUUCAGAUGUUUAAAUAAGAGUUCAUUCAGGAAUUGCAAGAAAUCCAUAACCAAUUUUAACAAAUGAAUAGAUCUUAUUAAAUUUAGGAUAUUAUAAUUGUUUGGAUUGA